GCCUUCUGUCAUGAUGUGUGUUUGCAUGUUUAUCUCUGAUUGCUGUAGUAUCAGCACUGAUACGAAGGUUUCGGGGUUCAUUCGUAGACAUUACUGAUUUAUUAAUUUUUUUUUACAAUUAUACAACAUAUUUAUAGAAAUAUACAGUAGGAAGCGCUCGAUCAGGGGGGUUUAAUUCAAAUCGCGGAACAUUUAUUAGUUUAAUCACCGCGGCGGCUCACAGGCUGUUUAUCCAUAACGCUGCAGCUCCUGGGACAGCACGAUCUCCCUCGCGCGUGCACGUACACACACGCGCUCACACUCGCACGAACGCAUAUACACACACACCAGGGGUUGACUGGACGAGAAAUGAGGCGCACACACCGAUCCUGCACGGCGUGACACCACGUAUCAGCCGACAUCCCCCUGAUCGCGGCCAUCUGCGGAUGUCAUUUGAAGACCUAAAGCGUUGUGAGUUGUGCGGGAUCCAGAAAGACUAUGAUCACUUACGAGCAUUUCAGAGCGCGCAAGCGGAGGGAGAUGCUCCUGGCGCAAGUGUGUGUGGUGUGCGGAGUGCUGCUGGCGGCCUGGUGCAUGUCAGCGCUUCUUACCAAAACAGGUCAUGGGAUUGUGUUAAAGGAGCACAUUGCUGGACCCACAGACCAUCUGGGUCGAAGACUGAUGGCCACUGACUUAGACAAUGAGACUACAGAAAAAAACUGCUCUGACCCAGCCAUCCAUGAGUUUCCUGGGGAUCUGUUCACAAACCGAGAGCGAAUGCAAGGAGCUGUCCUGCUACAUAUAUUUGCUGCGGUCUACAUGUUCCUGGCUCUAGCUAUUGUGUGUGAUGACUACUUUGUCACGUCUCUAGAGAAGAUCUGUGAAAAACUGCACCUGAGUGAGGACGUAGCUGGUGCGACAUUUAUGGCUGCUGGAAGCUCAGCUCCGGAGCUUUUUGCCUCUGUCAUUGGUGUUUUCAUCACGCAUGGAGAUGUGGGUGUGGGCACAAUCGUGGGCUCAGCUGUCUUCAACAUUCUCUGCAUCAUUGGUGUGUGUGGAAUCUUUGCUGGACAGGUUGUCUAUCUUACCAAGUUUUCUGUCUUUCGGGAUUCCCUUUACUACACGCUGUCGGUUGUUGCACUUAUAGUAUUUAUCUAUGAUGGGCAGAUAAUGUGGUGGGAGAGUCUGGUGCUCGUGGUCAUGUAUGUUGGCUACAUAAUCAUUAUGAAGUUUAACACCACCUUACAUAACUUCUUUUCGGGGAAAGAAGAUAAGGGUGUUUCCAAUGGUAAUGCAGUAAGCAGCGAGCUGGAGGACGGUAAUGCAUAUUAUGAGCAGUAUUGGGAUGAUCCCUCAUGGCCAUUGCUCAGCUCAGUAAAGCCCUGUAAGAUGUACGCACGCGGCUCAGUUGUGAUGGUGGAUGAGAUGAUGAACUCCAGUCCUCCAAACUACCGCUUCCCGGACGCUGGCCUCAGAGUCAUGAUCACCAACCAUUUUGGGCCUAAAACCCGUCUGCGCAUGGCGAGCCGACUUAUCAUUAAUGAGCAACAGCGACUAAUGCAGUCCUCUAAUGGAAUUGAGGGGACACUAGUAUCAGAUGGCAAAGCAGAAACGAUGGAGAAUGGCAUUGUUUCAGAGGACAAACUAUCAGAGGAGGAGGAUAAUGAGCUGUCCUCGCCCUUCACCAUACCUGGGGACGCUAUGAACAGAGUGAAGUUCAUCGUUUCAUGGCCUAUCCUGGUGUUGCUGUACUUCACCGUGCCGAACUGUGGGAAGCCACGCUGGGAGAACUUCUUUAUGGUCUCCUUUAUUCUCUCUACUCUGUGGAUUGCUGUCUUCUCAUACUUCAUGGUGUGGAUGGUGACGAUUAUCGGAUACACACUGGGAAUACCUGAUGUUAUAAUGGGCAUCACUUUCCUUGCAGCCGGCACUAGUGUCCCAGACUGCAUAGCUAGUCUUAUAGUUGCUAGACAAGGUCUGGGAGAUAUGGCUGUCUCCAACACAAUUGGUAGCAAUGUCUUUGAUAUUCUGGUUGGGCUCGGUGUUCCCUGGGCCCUGCAGACAAUGGCUGUCAACUAUGGAUCUGUGGUAUCUGUCACUCUCUCUCUCUCUCCUGGACAAAUACACUCACACUCACACGCAUUCACACUGAACAACCCAGAAAUCCACAGCACUGCUGACAUUAUAAAUGUAAAAAAAAAAAACUGUGUUGGUUCAUUCAAUUUCUCUACUCUUGUCUCAGGUGAAAAUCAACAGCAGAGGAUUGGUAUAUUCUGUGGUGCUGCUCCUGGGCUCUGUUGGUUUGACUGUCCUGGGGAUCCAUGUCAAUAGAUGGAAGUUAGACUUAAAGCUGGGUGUGUAUGUGCUGCUGCUGUACGCCAUCUUUGUGUGCUUCUCCAUCUUGAUUGAGUACAACAUUUUUACCUUCGUCAAUCUGCCCAUGUGUCAGGAAGUCUAAUAGGUUUAGUUUUUCAGACUUGACCUACUGUACCACCCUUGAUCCCUGUCAAUUUUUUUUAAAAACAUUUUAUUUUUGCUGAAAACUACCAUGUCCCACACCAUGUGACACUGCAGUCAAAGACAUUACAUUAUGCUGUACCUGUCCAUGGAAAUGAGGCAUCAGUUCUGUGUUCAGGAUAUCAGACAAAUAGACUUAUGUCUUGGGCAGCACUCAUUCUUACCGGAUUUUCCGACUCUGGCAUUAUAGCAUGUCCAGUCCGUACACAGGAAAAGAGGAAUGCUGCUGAGUGAAACAAUAUGAACACAUCACAGUUACACUCUUUCAUCUGGUCUUCCCUGAAGGAUAUUAAAAUCCAACAAAAAUGAACCAUGCACUUUAUACCUAUACUGUAGGGUGAAGACUCUAGGUCACACUAUGAUUGCUUUAAGGAAAGACUUGAGCUCUUUUCUGCUCUAAUGCAAUAGGAAGCAAUAAAAACAGAAGCAGUCAAUUAGGUCAUUACAGAUUUUUUUUUUUUUUUUUUUUUUAAGCAUUACAUGACAAUAUUUGUGAAGGCAGCAAUGCAAUACAGCGGGACUGUGACUGCAGCUUGCUGAAGCAGCAUAUACGAAAAUAGAUACCAUCUGCAGUUCUUCGAUGAAUCCUGCUGUCGAAGGUCCAUUCAAUAUUGAUUAACAUUUCCUGUCUGUUCAACUGAUAGGCAAGGACUUCAUUAAAUCAAAAAGGACCGAUUUAACCUUUUAAACCGGGUUCAAGGCCCUUGAUGAUAUUGAAGACAUAUUUCAGAAUUUAAGUUACUGACCAACACAAAUCUUGGUGUUGACAUUAACAGUCCUCUGGUUUGAGCCAGUACUUUUUCCAGGUGAAGCGGGUGGAUGCACAUCUACUGUACACUCCAGUUCCUCUUACUGCAUCUCUGUAAUAUGUUUUUGUGUGUGGUGCAUGAUUUGACACAAGCAAAUCACAUCGAUCUCCCUAAAUGGCAGCUACCACUCCAUC